AUGGAGGCAGCUGAGUUUCCAGACCUUUUGCGGGCUGGAACGAUUGGUGCCGCGUCUCUCUGCGUCGCGACUAUACCCUUGGAUGUGGUUAGACAUGCCGUGCAGGCAGCGAUUUCCAGCAAGCGCCCGCAUCCUGGACUUACAGAGGCUUUCCGUGCAGCUGCAUCACCUCCGAGCGGCUUUUUCCGCGGACUUGUUCCGGCGCUCUUCUGCUCUGCAGCGGGACCUGCAGCGUUUCUGCUGGGUUACGAGGUGCAGCGAGGUUCAAAGGAGGUCCUGGAAGCAGGACUGGUAGCCAAGGCUGUGCAAGUCGCAGUCGUUCAGCCGUUCGACUUUUUCCGAACGUCUUGGCAGGCGGCGCUGUUGCUGCCAGAGACGAGGGCUUCACAUUUAUUACGCGGCCCAUGGGAGGUGAUCACCACGGACGGCCCUCGGUCACUCUGGCGAGGCCUCAUUCCCACACUUUUGCGGGACGCCUUUGCUGCCGGAACCUUCUGGUCCAGCUACAUGUACCUCAACCAGGUAAUGCUGAACGACAGCUCCAUGGAGGAUGUCUUGCGAAGUGCGGUCCAUUCCGGUCUAGCCCGAAUUCAGGACCUGAGAUCUAAUUUUUGCUCGAAACCCUCGCUUGGGUGGCCAGCCUACCGCCCCGCUGGGGCAUCUGCCAUGGCUCCGGCAGAGUGGAUCUGCGACCUUUGCCAGGAGGUCUUGUUGGAUCCAGUUACGCUCCCCUGCUGUGGAGAGUCCUUCUGCAAGACAUGCCUGCAGCAAUGGACAGUUGUUAAGCUGGAUGAUGGAGCCCCUCGCGCCAGAUGUCCAAGUGGCUGUGGAAAGCAAAUCGACUACAGACUUCCAAGUGUGUCUAAGCUUCUUCGUAGCUGGCUGGAGGCUGAGCAUGCAAGCGAACUAGCUGAGCGCCGCAGGGACAUCAGGGACCAGGAGCUUGAAGAAAGCAUCGCAGGCGGCUUUGGUCUUUGGCAAGAGGUAGCAGCAUCCCGGGACCUUUUCGUUGGAGAGAACCUUGCUGUGGCCUUUGGAACAAGCGGCAUUGUUCUCGCGCGACACGAGGAGGGCCGGGUCAAGGUGAAGUUUGACUUCUUUCUGUGGGGCAUCAGUGGUGUCUUCAACGUAAAUCCGGACGAGCUUUUGCCGCAACUGCCUGGCACGUUCGGUGUGAGUAUCGGGCAACGCGUUCUUGCCUCUCAAGAUCUGAUUGUUGCCUCUGCCGUAAGAGUUCCAUUUGCAACGUUGGGUACCGUCGUGGGUCCAUCCAGCUUGCCUGACAGGAUCACAGUAUGUUUCGACACGGUUACCGAGGGGCAGAACAGACUUGAUGUGCAAGCCUUCGAGAUUCUGCCAAGCACGGAGUUGAUAGGUGGAUUCAAAGUGGGGCAGCGUGUGUCGGCGGUGGAAAACAUCUUGUUGGAGGGUGUCGUCUUGGUUCCACCGGGUUCUGUUGGCACCGUGCUGUCCCAGUAUAGCGACACGCGCCUCACGGUUAUGUUCGAGGGAAGACUGGACGGCCGCUCCGAGGCCGUGAAUCUGGUUCCGACAGCGAUCACGGGUAUCAACCCAAGUUGA